ACAACCCAACCUAACCUAACCUAACCUAACUUAACCUAACCUCUUAUUUGCCUGAUAAUCCUUUCCUGGAUGCCUACCUUAAUCCCCACACACACACCUGGCUGCAGAGCUAAUCUGGCUGACUAUUUUUAUUGCUCUAUGAUCUAGUAUGGCGGUAGACCUCACCCCUGCUCCUGCUGGGUAGGCCACAUAUGGCGGUAGACCUCACGCUAUAGUAGCACCGAAUUGUGCCUUCCCUUCAAGGGAUUGAGUGGGGGCCUAAAUCCUCAAUAGGUUAGUUUAUUUUCUUAAAGGGGGGUUGAAGGGGAGUGUAAACCCCCACAUGCUUAUGUUAAGUUACAGUAGUUUCCAUAUAUACACUUUCAUGUGUUACACAAGCCAGCAUCAGCAGGCUUUGGUGUGGGCAAAGUUCCCAAUAGGUUAGUUUGUCUUCUUAAAGGGGGGUUGAAGGGGAGUCUGAACCCCCACAUGCUUAGGUGAAGUUACAGUAGUUUCCAUAUAUACACUUUCAGGUGUUACACAAGCCAGCAUAAGCCGGGUCUUGGACCGGAUUUGCACCGUCUUGAGUGACAAGUCGGUGCAAGAAAUCAAGAUGCCUCCUACAAAUAUUGAGCGGAGGAGAAUUGCUCGGAAGUUUUUAAGGAUUCAAAACUUCCCAAGGGUUAUUGGAGCCAUUGAUGGCACCCAUGUUGCCAUCAAGGCCCCAUCUGUAGACGAGGCCCUGUAUUUCAACAGGAAAAGGUAUCACUCCCUGAACAUCCAACUUGUUUGUGAUGCUGAUGGAGUGAUACUCAGUUACUGCUCCAGAUUCCCAGGUUCUACACAUGACGCCUUCGUGUGGGCCAACUCUGAGCUGAAACAGCGGUUUCAGGAAGGGGAGUUUGGGGACUUCCUGCUUGUUGGUGACAGUGGGUAUCCCCUUGAGCCCCAUCUCAUGGUGCCAGUGAGCAACCCCUCCACUGAAGCGGAGAACCGCUACAACAGGGGGCAUGCCCAAACGAGGGUGAUUGUUGAGCAGACGAUUGGGAUGUUGAAGAGUCGCUUUAGGUGUCUGCACUCUUCUGGGGGAACACUGCAAUAUGCACCCAUCAAGUGUGCAAAAAUUGCAAAUUCAUGCAUGCUACUGCACAAUCGCUGCAUCAAGCGUCGUAUUCCUAUUCCUUCUGAUCUUCCACCAGUAGACAACGAGGAAGUGCCCCAGGCUGCCGUCAUCCGUGCUGUGCAGAGAGGGCAGCGAGGACUUCAGCAGAGCUGUGCAGCAGGAGAUUAUACAGCAUUUUACCAGCCAUGA